ACAGAAUAAUGAGGACGGACAGACCGUGAUGGGCAUGUCCGGGAAGCCAAAGACUGCCAAAGAAAGUAAGAACGAGAACGCCGAACAACCACAUUGACACGCACUGCUCGGGCAUGAUGGGCUGCAUUUGGAAAAUGAGUCAUAUGAAGGACGAGUACCAGAUCGCCAGAGUUUCGUGGUGUAUGACUGGGAAAGUGUUGUAUAGAGCGAGCCAGCCGCUCAUAGUCAGCCGUCCGCAUCCUCAAUAGACAUCUGCCACACUGCUCCUCAUAUAUAAUGUGAAGAUCGAGACUCUGACUAUUAUGCUCUUCACAGUUGAGAAAGAACGUAAGAAAGCCGAAAAGCUAGCCAAAUUCCAAGAGAAGCAGAAAAAGCAAGCCCCGACACCGGAAACCACCUCGAAAGCACCUAAGAAGGAGAAGGUCAAGAAACCUACCGCUGUCGACGCCUACGAACCCCAGAAAAUCGAAGCUGACCGAUACGAGUGGUGGGAGAGCAGAGGCUACUUCAAGCCGCAAUUUACAAAAGAUGGCAAGGUCAAACCAGAGGGCAAAUUCGUCAUUCCUAUACCUCCUCCCAACGUCACCGGCUCUCUACAUAUGGGACACGCUCUCACGAAUGCUCUUCAAGACACGAUGAUCCGACAUGCGCGGAUGAAGGGAAAGACAACCGCAUGGAUUCCUGGCUGUGACCAUGCCGGUAUCGCAACACAGAGUGUGGUAGAAAAGAUGGUAUUUAAGACUGAAGGUAAGACUCGGCAUCAGCUGGGCCGUGAAGCUCUGCUUGAGAAGAUAUGGGCUUGGAAAGACAAAUACCAUGCGAACAUCACCAAUCAGCUGAAGCGGUUGGGAGGCUCCAUGGACUGGUCGCGAGAGGCUUUCACGAUGGAUGACAACCUCUCUCUUGCCGUUCGCAAGACCUUUGUUGAUCUGUAUGAAGAAGGCAGUAUCUACAGAGCCAACCGCCUCGUGAAUUGGUGUUCCGCUCUGAGCACGUCUUUGUCCAAUCUCGAAGUUGAUAACAAGGAGUUGAAGGGACGCACCAAAUUGAAAGUGCCAGGUUACGACAAGAUGAUCGAGUUUGGUGUGCUCACGUACUUCAAAUAUCCGAUAAGCAAGGGAGACGACUCGCACAAAUCGUCCACGUCACCUGAUCGGUUCAAAGGCUACGAGUUCAUCGAGAUCGCAACAACACGUCCUGAGACUAUGCUUGGUGAUACUGGUAUUGCUGUGCAUCCCAAUGACAAGAGAUACCAGCACCUGCACGGCAAGACCGCCAUCCACCCAUUCAUCCCGGAUCGCAAGAUCCUCAUAUUUGCAGACGAGGAGGUGGAGAUGGACUUCGGUACUGGUGCUGUGAAGAUUACGCCAGCACACGACCUUAACGAUUUCAACAAGGGCAGAAAGCACAACUUGGAAUUCAUCAACAUUCUGAACGAUGACGGCACAUUGAAUGAAAACGCAGGCCCAUAUGCCGGCCACAAGCGAUUUGAUGCUCGAUACGAGAUCAUUAAUGCUCUGAAAGAGCUCGAUCUCUAUACCAAACAGGAGGACAAUGCCAUGACGAUUCCCAUGUGCCAGAGGAGCAAAGACGUUAUCGAACCAGUGUUGAAACCUCAAUGGUGGAUGAGGAUGACCGAGAUGGCGAAGGCUGCAGAUGAAUCCGUGCUUGAUGGUAGGAUCCUGAUUAAACCCGAAUCAGAAGCCAAACGUUUCCAUUUCUGGAUGCAAAACAUUCAAGAUUGGUGUAUCUCUCGACAGCUUUGGUGGGGUCACCGGGCCCCGGCAUACUAUGUCCAGCUUGAGGGUGAAAGCAGUGAUGAGGCUGAUGAUAAGUUCUGGGUGUGCGCACUAGACGAGGAGGAAGCUCGCAAGAAGGCGGAAAAGAAAUUCCCAGGCAAGAAGUUCACUUUACAUUGGGACGAAGAUGUGCUCGACACCUGGUUUUCGUCCGGUCUCUGGCCCUUCUCAACCCUGGGUUGGCCCAAAGAGACAACAGAUAUGCGGGAGCUCUAUCCCACAUCUAUGCUCGAGACUGGAUGGGAUAUUUUGUUUUUCUGGGUAGCCAGGAUGGUAAUGCUUGGAUUGAAGCUAACAGGCGAUGUGCCGUUCACUGAGGUAUACUGUCACUCCUUGAUUCGGGAUGCAGAAGGACGAAAGAUGUCAAAGUCCUUAGGCAACGUGGUGGAUCCUUUGGACAUCAUCAGAGGCAUCACAUUGGAAGAUCUCCACAAGACUCUGUACAAUGGUAACCUCGAUCCAGCAGAGGUCGAACGGGCUAAGGCCUAUCAAAAAGGGGCAUUCCCGAAGGGCAUCGAGGAGUGCGGAGCGGACGCCCUACGCUUCACGCUGGUCAACUAUACCACUGGUGGAGGAGAUAUCGCUUUUGACAUCCGGGAAAUCGAGGCCAAGAGAAGAUUCUGCAACAAAAUCUACCAAGCCACCAAUUUCGCCCUGGGCAGACUUGGUGAAGACUUUGUGCCAGAUGCCACCCCGAUAGACAACGAGCCGAAAUCACUCGCGGAGAAGUGGAUCCUUCACAGGCUUAACGCUGCCGCCAAAGAAGUCAACGACUCGAUUGAAGGACGUGACUUCUCCGUGGCCGCCGGCACACUAUAUCAAUACUGGUUUACCCAGCUCUGUGACACUUUCAUCGAAAACUCGAAAUACAUCCUCACUCCCGAGGCUCCCGAAGACGAGAGAAAGUCUGCUCAGCAAACACUGUACACCACACUGGAAAGCGGAUUAUUACUGAUGCAUCCCCUGAUGCCCUUCUUGACGGAACACCUAUGGCAGAAGCUGCCUCGACGCAAGGGAGACUCUACCGAAAGUAUCAUGAUCGCCAAAUUCCCAGAAUACAGUGAGAAGCUGGAUAAUCCCAAAGAAGCGGAAAAGUAUGAGUUCAUCAUGGCCAUUGCAACCGGCAUACGGAGUCUGCUUUCUCAAUACGGCUUCAAAGAGCCUGGAGAUCUUAUCAUCCAGACCUACUCCGAAGCUGCGUUCAAGACUGCGUCCGACGAACGCACAUCUCUCAAGUCCCUUGGUGGGAAAUACGCCGGCGAUAUUGAAGUCUUGGCUCCUAACGCAGCGUCGCUUCCACCUGCUGGCUGUGCGCUGCAAAGUAUUAACGCUGAAGCUGCCGUGUACCUCAAAGUUGCAGGGAAGAUUGACCUCACGGAGGAAUUCAAGAAGCGUGAGAAGAGUAUUGAAGAUGCCAAAGCUCGCGUGGAAAAGAGUAAGAAGAUCAUGAGCGCAGCUGGUUGGGAAAAGGCAAACCCAGAGACGAGACAAAAGGAAAAAGAGAAGCUCGAGGAUGCAGAAAGCGAAGUGACAAGAUUAGAGGAGGCCAUCAAGGACCUCGAGAGGUUGAAACUGGAAGGCUAAAGGAGGUCGAGCAUGUGUUAGGAGGUCUUUUGUACAACCGCUGUGAUACCGUUUUCAACAUUGAUGAUCUGCGAUCAUAUCCCAGCAUUCACAUGACGAUCCUUCUAGGUCUCGCGUUGUGUGCUCCCAUACCUUAGGUGUUAGGCAAGGCAGGGACUUCGGCGACGGACAUCUGAAGUGAGAUACAUCGCCAAGCUGGAAGGCAGCUUAGGGAGCGCUUUGGGCACGGUCGCAACCCCAGAACUCCCCACCGGAAAUAGAGGCGACAGCCAUACAAGAACCCGACAUUAUUGAAACGCGUGCUCA